ACUGUGACAGAAUCCGAGAGGCCUCAGCGCAUGCUCCCUAGCUCAGCUGAGCCCUAAACCCCAGCAUUACCGGUUCAGCAUCAAACUGGCCCGUGGGUUUUGAAGCCUGGAGCAUUGUCUUACCGAGCUAGGGUUAGGGUUGACUUCAAUUACACUUGCAGACAUUCGAAGCUGUCAAUCUUCGCGAAGAUGAGUGGAAUGGGGUCGGAGACGCGAACGAUGCGACUUCUCAUGCUUUGUGCCAUAGGUACACUUGGAGGGAUUUUGAUGGCGUCAGCUGAUAAGAAGGCUCGUCGACUGCACGAAGAGCAGGUUUCGAUGGAUGAGAAGCUGAAGCAGCUCGAUCAGAAGGCGUAGGACUGAGAUCUGGUCCACUACAUUUGUUAACUCGUUGAGAUAACAACCAUCGCUUGGUGGCAAGGCGUUGUUCAGUGUAACCCAAUCCCACUACAUGUCACAGAAAGGAAGCUAGCUCUCUCAAUGAGCAGGGGUUGUUUACCGACACCUUUAUGUCACGAAUACUACUCCCUCAGUCUUUAGAUUAGGUUCAAAUGGUUAUUGCUGAGAAUGACGUCGAGGUCGGUGUAAUUUUGUCUCUGACAGAAAUAUGCAGUGAAUCAGAAACUUGGCCUUCCGUUAUAACUUUGAACGAAGUUCGAAUG